AUGGUUGAUAUCAUGCGAUGUCUUCCAACCGAAGACGUUUGUUUGGAUUAUGGCCUUAACCCAAAGAACACUUAUGUUUACGCCGACUACACGAUAAGCGGUUUCGUGAGCUCCUGUGAACACGGAUUUGGGCGCAGCGCAACUGAUCGUCAGUUCGUGUACGUGAAUCAACGUCCAGUCGAUUAUCCAAAGGUUUGUCGAGUAGUGAAUGAAGUCUACCAGCAAUACAAUCGAUCUCAGUAUCCAACCUUGGUUCUUAACAUUGAAGUCCCUCCAAAUAUGAUCGACGUUAACGUUACACCUGAUAAGCGAAUGGUGUUUUUCGAAAGAGAGAAGGAAUUGUUGGCCCUCAUACGAUCUUCGAUUCUCGCCACUUAUCAUCCACUUUUGGGUGCAUAUACAUCUGUGGAGGACACUCGAAGCAAAGGUAAUGUUUCAUAUCUGAAGUGGUUCAAACGGAUGAAAGGACUGGCCAAAUUUACAGAUGACGAUAAUUGUGAUGAUGCCACCAAGUCCAACUCGAAUGCUCCACUUUCUGCACAUAGCGCAUUGUCCUCCUUGCUGAAAUCAAAUUCGGAUAAAGCUUCGUCUCCUGCAUGCACUGUUCCCCUGGGACCGCCGCCCAAGAAAUCAAAAACUGAUGAUUUCUUCCCGGCUUCUAAGAACUUAACAAACCAAUCAAAGACGUUGGACUUGUUUGCUUUCAAACCCAUCCCGCGAGAGAGUCCUUGUUCGGCCGUAGCUGCACAACCAUCUAUCUGCUCGAAUGAAAAGCCCGAGAGCUCAGCGAAAUCGGCUACAUUGUCCAUUCAUCCUUCUCCCAGCAAACCGUCCAAGGGAACUCCGAAGAAGAAGGCAUCGGAUUCGUUCGAAGAGUUUAGUCAUGAGAAGAAGUCGUACUCUCCAUCGCUCAUGAGAGAUUUGUCACGUGGAUUCGAAAAUAACAUCGAGAAGGAUAGGCUCGCAAUAGAGAAAAUGGAAACAACGAUGGAUCAGGAGUGUAAUCUAGAGAUGCGUGGGCAGGAUGGCGUUAUGAACCAUGAGGAAGCGCCAACAUCGUUGAAUCCUACGGAGAAUGCUGAAAAAACUAAUUGCUUCUUGCGACCACAACAGAAGUUCCAUGCAGGCUUGAACCCUUCAGAGAACGAGCUCGCAGAAAAGGAACUUGAGCGUACGCUCAGGAAAUCCGACUUCGCCCAAAUGUCUGUGAUCGGACAGUUCAACAACGGGUUCAUUAUCACUCGCUUGCGUAACAAUUUGUUCAUCGUUGAUCAGCAUGCCAGCGAUGAGAAAUAUAACUUCGAACGCUUCCAAAAGAAAGCUCGAGUGGAGACUCAGCGACUCAUACAACCACAGCAUCUCGAUCUUGGUGCAGUCCAAGCAUCUGUGCUUAAGGACAACCUCAGUAUUUUAGAAGCAAAUGGUUUCGGUUUCGAAUUCAAAGAAGGAGACAUCGAAGAAAUCUUGACAGUGGUUUCCGAAUUCCCCGGUGUGAUGUAUCGUCCAGCCAAGCUUCGACGAAUAUUUGCUUCCAGAGCUUGUAGGAAAUCCGUGAUGAUUGGCACAACACUUACCAUGGCACAAAUGCAAAAUAUUGUCCAUCACCUUGGUACACUGGAUCAACCAUGGAACUGUCCUCAUGGGCGUCCAACUCUUCGACAUCUUGUCGAUCUACAAAACAUAAACAUUUGA